AUGGGGGGCAAGUCCAAGCUCCGAUCUGACGACAUACCCACAUCGUCCACUAUUGCCCCCACCAGCUCUGUCGACUCUAAACCGACCUUUCCCAUCCCUCUUGCCCCUCCAACAAUCACCAUGACCAGCCAAGGCCCCUUGACAACCUAUCUCUUAGGGAGCACACCCAAUGGCCUAGCAAGAGCAACCAACCACCCGUUUCUCGCAGCAGCAGGACGCGGCACUCUUCCAAAAUCAACCCUUAGCCAAUGGCUCUCCCAAGACCGCCUAUACGCUCAAUCCUACAUCCGCUUCAUAGGCCUUCUACUCGCAAAGAUCCGUCUUCCCUCUCAAGCCCCGUCAAACCCAACCCCACAACAACACACCCCAGAACAAAAAGCCAUCACAGUCCUCAUCGACGCCCUCGUCAACAUCCGCACUGAGCUCGCCUUCUUCGAAAAGACCGCCAAUGACUACGGCCUCGACCUAACAGCAAUCUCCCCAGAAGAAGGCGGCAUAGUCCUCACAUCCUGCGGCUCAGGCCGCUGCAUCACAACCUCCGCCGGAAUCUCAAGCACAGGCUCCAGCGCCUGCCCAGGCUUCACAGGCGGCCGCGAUGGCAAAGACCUCCUAUCCCGAGACCCGUCGUUAGACGAUUUCGGCGCUGGCUCGGGCUCCUCGGGCGUGAUUGCCACGGGGUCUGGAUCGCAUUCUGCCGACCACGGGCUCUGCCGUUCGCAGGGCGAGUGCCAGAUGCCAGCGGGAAGCGAGCCGUGCGUUCCAUUGCCGCAGUAUGAGGCCCAGUCUGUGCAGAAUCUAUCGCCGUUCGGGAAGGUGCUUACGCCGACGCCGACCACUACGACUGGGGGUGCUGCUGGGCCUGCCCGCACGCUUGAAGCUACGGAUGUGGCGAUGGAGCUGGAGCGGUGUGGCACUAUUUGCUUCUCGGCUAGUCGGACUACCAGGGCGUAUAUUGAUAUGUUUAUGAGUGCUGGUAGUGCUGGGGUGUCGGUUUUGGAGGGGUUGGCUGUGCUGUGGGCUACGGAGGUUUGUUACUUGCGCGCGUGGAAGUUUGCUGCUGGGUGUAUGCGUGAGCAUGGGGAGGAGAAGGAUGAUUACUCGGAGGAUGCGGAUGGGGGUGCGCUUAGGGGCCAGUUUAUUGGGAAUUGGUCUAGUGUUGAGUUUGAGGCGUUUGUUGAUUCGAUUGGGGAUGUUGUUGAUGAGAUGGCCGGGCAGCUGAAGGGGGCUGAGGAGUCUGAGAUGAUGCGUGGCCGGUGUUUGGAGUGGUGGAAGCAGAUUCUUUGGUUGGAGGAGAGGUUUUGGCCUAAUGUUGAACCUUGCCAAUAG